CCUUGUGUGCUGGUCCGUCACCUCAACGGCCACACACUCAACCCCGACGCCAUGGUACCAAGGACACUAUUGGGCUUUGGUGAGCAAAAGCAGGAUUAUCGAGCACAGGUUCGUUUUUUUUUCUGCAAAAAAAAAGGUAACGCGCUGAUGCACUGUUUGAAUGGAACUGAAAAAAGAGUUUUUUCAAGUUGGAAUGUAAUCCUGGCUUGUGAUUGGCUCAAUUGGCCCCCCGUUCAAAUUUAUGGUUGGUGGGGGUGCUUUCGCCAAGACAUUGGCGGUCCUCAGUUGUCACUUUUCACUCCUGACAGGACAUUCUACCACCCCUCGACUGCCAUGGCAUCCCACAACAUCUUCGCCGCUCUCGACUCUGAUGACGAAGACACCAAGACGGUGCAAGUGCCUGCCUCCAAAGUGGCUGAGCCCACCAAGCCCAAGACCGUGAAGGCCCGCAAGGAAGGCGAACAACCCGCCAAGAAGCAAGACGGUGGCCGCAACGGCGGACGCGGUGGUCGCGGUGAAGGCCGUGGCGGCCGUGAAGGUGGCCGUGGUGGUCGCGGUGAAGGCCGUGGCCCCCGCCCCGACGGUGAACGCACCGAACGUGCUCCUCGCCCUGAAGGCGAACGCCGCCCUCGCUCGGAACGCGCUCCUCGCGCUGACCGCCCUGAAGGCUCCACCGGCACCAACCUCCGUGCUGAACGUGAACGUGGCGAACGCCCUGACCGCUCGCACCACCAUGCCGAAGGCGGUGAACGCACCGAACGCAAGCGAAACUUUGACCGCAAGAGCGGCACUGGUCGCGGCAAGGAAGUGUCCAAGUCUGGUGGCGGUGCCCGCAACUGGGGCAACGAAGACGACAAGACCGAACAAGCUGCAGAAGCCGCGGUGGACGAAGCCGUCGCGGACGAAGCCAAGGAAAUCGCCGCAGAAGACGCCGUGCCCGAAGUGGCCGUGGUCGAAGAAGAAGUGGACAACACGAUCACGUACGAAGAGUACUUGGCGUCCAAGAAGAGCUCGCGCUCGAACGACGAGUUGUUUGCCGACAAGGAACUCCGCACGGUCGAAAACGAAUUUGAAUCCGCCGCGUUGAUCACCAAGCAUGGCAAGACCCCCGACUUUAUCGAGUCGAACUUUGAAAAAGUGUUCACGAAGAAGACGUCGGGCCGCAAGAAGAACCUCGUGACCGACGUGGGCUUCACCGCGCCUUCCAUCAGCGGCCCCCGCUUUGACCGUGAAGACCGCGAAGACCGCCCUGCCGGUGGUCGCGGCGGCCGCGGUGGCCGUGGUGAAGGUGCCCGUGGUGGCCGUGGCGGCCGUGGCGCUGCCGGUGCCGGUCGCGGGGACGUGAAGAAGUCGAAGGCCAACGCCCCCAACGUGUCUGACGUGAACGCGUUCCCUUCGCUCUAAGUCCGUCAUUUGACUUGAGAUGCGAGGAUGCCUUUGGUCGUCCCGGGGUGGACGAAGUUGAGUGGUCGAUCGAUGCCUAAGCGAUGCUGCAAUUUUAUUAGUGUCGCGGGGAUUAUUGAAAAUACUCAACAAGCCAUUGCCAGGACGGGGAAAAGAUGUUUAAUAGGGUAUGCUGCUUUGUAGAUCUUGUUUUGCGGUAUACUUUUGUUGGAAUUACUUUCAUAACUGGAACAGCAAAGACGGGACCUGUACUACAACGACUACUACUACUGUACUACUACUAAGUUGCCAUCCCAGCCUGCAUAGGACAAUGUCACACAACGAGGGCUGCCUGCGCAACGUCGAUU